AUGGAGAGAUUAAAGAAAUCGAUUUCUCAUAACCUCACAAUUUUCGAGUAUCGAGAUAUGGAGUAUGGAUUCGCUUCGCCAAGUGAUCAAAUGUCUGCAGAGGUUAAAGUUGUGCGUAACAUCGCAUACACAAGGUCAUUGGAUCUUUUGAGGAAGGAGAUGGGACCUUAUUACAAUCUAUCAGCCUUAUGGGACAAACAUGUUGAGUGUGAAUUUUUCGCGAGAGAUGCGCAAAAGAUCAUGGAAACUAUGGUUGUCGACGCAUAUGUUAACAACAUUCCAACAAUGACCGGCGAAAUUGAUUGGCUUCUUCCGGGGGUCGCGCCAACUAACAAAUACGUUGAGAUACCGAUGGUGGGAAUUAUCAGUUUUCGCGGUGAUAAAUUAUGUAAUGAGCAUAUCUAUUGGGAUCAGGCAUCAGUACUUGUGCAAAUUGGUGUACUGGAUAAAGGAGAAAUUCCCGUGACGGGAAGAGAGCAGGCCGAAAAGUUGAUGGGCAAGAGUUUGCCGAACAAUGAAUUGUUGAAAAAAUCGAAGAAGAAUUUAUAA